AUGGACAGGGGCAUCUGUUAUGGAUCCCAGGGCUACCUGAAAACAGACUGUUAUGGAUCCCAGGGCAACCUUAAAACUGACUGUUAUGGAUCCCAGGGCUACCUGAAAACUGAAUGUUAUGGAUCCCAGGGCUACCUGACAACUGACUGUUAUGGAUCCCAGGGCAACCUGAAAACUGACUGUUAUGGAUCCCAGGGCUACCUGAAAAGGGACUGUUAUGGAUCCCAGGGCUACCUGAAAACUGACUGUUAUGGAUCCCAGGGCUACCUGAAAAGGGACUGUUAUGGAUCCCAGGGCUACCUGAAAACUGACUGUUAUGGAUCCCAGGGCUAUCUGAAAACUGACUGUUAUGGAUCCCAGGGCUACCUGACAACUGACUGUUAUGGAUCCCAGGGCAACCUGAAAACUGACUGUUAUGGAUCCCAGGGCUACCUGAAAACGGACUGUUAUGGAUCCCAGGGCUACCUGAAAACUGACUGUUAUGGAUCCCAGGGCUACCUGAAAAUGGACUGUUAUGGAUCCCAGGGCUACCUGAAAAGGGACUGUUAUGGAUCCCAGGGCUACCUGAAAAGGGACUGUUAUGGAUCCCAGGGCUACCUGAAAACUGACUGUUAUGGAUCCCAGGGCUACCUGACAACUGACUGUUAUGGAUCCCAGGGCAACCUGAAAACUGACUGUUAUGGAUCCCAGGGCUACCUGAAAAGGGACUGUUAUGGAUCCCAGGGCUACCUGAAAACUGACUGUUAUGGAUCCCAGGGCUACCUGAAAAUGGACUGUUAUGGAUCCCAGGGCUACCUGAAAACUGACUGUUAUGGAUCCCAGGGCUACCUGAAAACAGACUGUUUUGGCUUACGGUAA